CAGAGGCAGAGAAAGAGGCUGAAUAAAGGGAGCGGACGAGACAGCAGACGACGGAAGGCAAAGACUGACGCACAAACCAAACCCUGCGAGAAAAAAUGCCUAAUUUUUCAGGCACCUGGAGAAUGAAGAGCAGCGAGAAUUUCGACGAGUUGCUCAAAGCCCUGGGUGUGAAUUUGUUGCUGAGGCAGGUCGCAGGGGUGGCUGCAUCCAAACCCCACGUGGAGAUAAGACAGAACGACGAGCACUUCUACAUCAAGACCUCCACCACGGUCCGCACCACGGAGAUCAACUUCCUCAUCGGUGAGGAGUUUGACGAGGAGACGGUGGACGGCAGAAAGUGUAAGAGUUUGGCCACUUGGGAAACAGAAAACAAGAUUUACUGCAAACAGACUCUCCUGAGCGGGAGCGGUCCAAAGACCUUCUGGAGCCGAGAACUGAGAGGGGAGGAACUCAUACUGACAUUCGGAGCGGACGAUGUGGUGUGCACAAGGAUCUACGUACGCAUUUAGCGGAGGUCCAAGUCCUCAAGUGAAACUUCACAAACAAUCUCAGCAAAUCUGUUCGACAGUCGUCGUUUGGAUUCUUCAUUUAAUCUCAUCUUCAGGCAGAUUUCACUGCUGAUUCCUCCUUAGUUUUUGUUUUUUUUUUAUAAAACGAGUUUUUCAUUGGAAAUUAAAUGACCGAAGAAUGUUUUGUUCUUGUUAGUUGGCUCAUUUCAUGCUCUGGAUCCUGAGGCAGCAGAUUCCAGACCUUUAUUUUGUUGCUUUUUGAAAAUAAUAAUAUCAAACCCAGGGUUUGUGCAGAGGCCACAGAGUAAAUAGAAUUUCUUUCAUGGUUUGUUUCUAAGCUUGUGCGAAAGCUUGGAAUUACCAUGAAACCUGGAGGAAGGAUGUGAUG